AUGUCCUUCAGCACAAACCCACACCGUCGCCGCCUCGCCUCAACCACCACAAGCACAACAGCAGCAGUAGACUGCCAUCAACAAGUUCGUUCAUGGCGGCUCCUUCGCACCAUCGUCCAACUUCUCCUCCCAUCUUGUUACUGCACAAUCAUAGAUCCAAAUGAUAUUCAAGAAGACAAAUCAUCUCACCGCCAUACCAAACCAAGAAGCUCUUCCGCGUCCUCAACCGCCACAAACUCCACUUUUACCGGAACAAUAUUUGGCUUCCGCCGCGGUAAAGUAAACUUCUGCAUCCAAGCGACAAACUCCAAAACCCUAAACCCGAUCAUUGUCCUCUUAGAGCUCACCGUCCCGACCGAGGUAUUAGCUCGUGAAAUGCAAGAAGGCGUGUUAAGAAUCGCGCUCGAAUCAAACAGUAAUGACGGAUAUGAUUCACAUGAAGGUCCUUCUUCUUCUUCACUUCUUACAACACCUUUAUGGAACAUGUUUUGCAACGGUCGGAAAGUCGGAUUCGCCAUAAAACGGGAGCCUUCAAAAGACGAGCUAGCCGCGUUGAAGGUCCUUACUCCGGUGGCUGAAGGAGCCGGAGUUGUUAACGGAGAAGAGAUUAACCGAGAUAAAAGUGAUCAUAUGAUGUACUUAAGAGCGAGUUUCAAACGAGUGUUUGGAUCGUUUGAUUCCGAAUCUUUUCAUCUCGUCGACCCACGUGGGAUUAUUGGACAAGAACUAAGUAUCUUCUUUUUUAGAUCGUCAAGAAAAUGAUCUUGGAUCGUUUUUUUUUCUAGCAUAAGGACAUCAGUCGGUGCACUUGCAUACCAUACGUUGGGAUUAUUUCUGAGACUCACCGGUCGGUUUUUUUUUUUCUUUCUUUUUCUACUAUUUCCGAAUAGGCAAACUAAACCGGUUAUUGUAUCUCGUGGUUUUUUUAAGCCGUGCUUAAUUAGAUGAAAAUGUAAUAAGCAUAGUUUUUUGAUGAUCUCAACUUGUAUAUGUGCAGU